AUGCGUCCAGACUCCAACAGUGAUGAGUUCGACCCAUCUUCCAGCUGUGGAGCAGCAUCAUCGCCUGGCGGGGACACCCCUGGGUGCAGCCAGCCUCCUCCUGACUCGCUGUCAUCAUCAGUGGGCAAGGACGCAGCAGCCUCCUUUGCGCCCACAUCGCCAGAGCUGAAGAGGAUGGCGCAGCCGCCAGCCGCCGCACCGCCGUGCGCAAAAGGCAAAACGCGUGGCGCAGCGCAGGCAGCAGGCGCAAAGAAGGCGAAACCCUGCAACAGCAAGAAAGGGCAAAGAGAGCAGCCUUCCAAAGAGGAUGAUGAGAGAAGGAGGAUCAGGAGGGAGAGGAACAAGAUUGCUGCAGCGAAGUGUCGGAACAGGCGGAGGGAGCUGAUAGACACUCUUCAAGCUGAAACCGAUUGCCUUGAAGAGGAGAAGUCUGCUCUCCAGACUGAGAUAGACAACCUGCUGAAGGAGAAGGAGAGACUGGAGCAGGUCUUGGCCACCCACAAGCCCUCCUGCAAACUCCCUGCAGAUGGUGACAGCGACGGAGAGGAGGAUGGCGUCACCUCCAUGUUGCAGGAUCCUCCAGCCUCCCCACAGCUCCUGUCCAUCCUGGAGGACAUGAAAACCCCAGAGAUCAGUGGAGAAGUCCCCACCGGUCAAGACAUGACCAGUGUCUCUUCCAUCCCCGCUGCAGCCAUACUGGGGAACUCCAACAUCCUCCUGUGCUCCAGUGCAGAGGAGGAGGGCCUGGAGGAUCUGAGAGGAGACGAUCUGGAUGACUUGGUGCCCAGCCUGGAGAUGGAAGUGUCUUCAGAGACAGCUGCUUCUGUCCCUGACAUUGACCUGAGCGGCCCCUUCUGCCUCCCAGACUGGGAGACCUUGUACAAGUCUGUGGCAAGCGACCUCGAGUCGUUACCGGUCAUGUCUUCCAGUCCCACUUGUAGCAGCUACCGCUCUGUGUUCUCCUUUAACUACUCUGAGAUUGAAUCCAUGGCUGACGGCUGCGAGGGCCUCAAAGGCAGCGUCAGCGCGUCCGAGUUACUGAAAGACAGUCUCAACUCUCCAACACUUCUGGCCUUGUGA